AAGCAGGGUCAGCAACUAGGCAGAUAGGCAGGAACACAGGAUACCAGGUACAGGGGCUCAUGGGAAACAUACACCAAGGCACUGACUGCAGGUCUGGCCAUUCCUUAAAUACACCUCCUGCAAUCAGCCCCAGGUGUUGGCUGAUUGCAGGAGUGAGCUUCUGGCUGCUGAGAGCACCCGCUGGUCAGCCCUGGUACUGCAGCCCACACGGCAGGUGAGUCCCACCACCAGUGCUGAGUCCACCUCCUGCAAUCAGCCUCAGGUGAUGUCCUGAUUUCAGGAGUGAGAUUCUGGCUGCUGAGAGCACCCGCUGGCCAGCCUUGGUACUGCAGCCCACAAGGCAGGUGAGUCCCACCACCAUUGGCAAGUCCAUUCCUGACA